GCUGCUGAACGAGAGCGAGAAGCGUCCCUUCGUGGAGGAGGCCGAGCGGCUGCGGGGGCAGCACAAGAAGGACCAUCCUGACUACAAGUACCAGCCGCGGCGGAGGAAGUCAGUGAAGAACGGGCAGGCGGAGCAGGAGGAAGGCUCGGAGCAAACCCACAUCUCCCCCAAUGCCAUCUUCAAGGCGCUGCAGGCCGAUUCCCCGCAGUCGUCCUCCAGCAUCAGCGAGGUGCACUCCCCCGGGGAGCACUCGGGGCAAUCGCAGGGCCCCCCCACGCCUCCCACGACCCCCAAGACGGACGCGCAGCCGGGCAAGCAG